GCUGCUUGCUAUAGGGUGGGACAGACAGGUUGAAACAGUUGUUUCAGUGCAGAGUCAGAGUUACUCUUAACACUACAUCAUAAUAGUUAUGGUUUCAAGGACCUUGUCCGCUCUUGUGUGUGUUUCUUCUGUGAUUCUGCUCCCGGCUGUAUGGGCUGAUGAGUGUAGCAGCUACUGGGACACAGAUGGUUUUUACCAUGAAACUCAGCAAUGUGUCAGUCAGUACUGCUGUGGAGACUGCAACAACAGAUACUGCUGCAAUGAAAAGAAGUACCGUCUGACUCAGGAAAAACAAGAAAGCUGUCCUGGAGGUGUUAGCCUUGGGCAGAAAAGGAAAAUUGCUAUACUUCUGGGAAGCAUUUUAGGAUCCAUUAUUCCCAUCAUUGUAUGCGUGGGUCUUAUAAUCUGCUGUGUGGCUCCUUGCUGCUUGUUCUACAAGAAGUGUCGAAAAGGACGUAAUCAAAGGCACCAACCUGGAACAACCACCACCACCGCAGUCUAUGCAGCACCCCAGCAGCCACUCUCCCCCUCUGGAUAUCAGCCAUCUUAUCCAGGCUACCAGCCUGUACCUGUCCAGCCUGGAUAUGGAGGCUCACCUGAUCCUACAGCACCGCCACCCUCAUACUUAGAAGCAACCAACCCAGCUCUCUCUUCAGCUGCAUUCAGUCCAGGGCAGCCAAUGUACCCAUUCCCCAGCAUGCCUUAUGCACCACCACCACCACCAUCACAUUCUGAUGGACUUGCACAGCCACCCUACAACCCUGAUUAUGACCCCAAACCCUAACUUACAAGAACAAAGCACUGUAUGUUUUAAAACUCUGGUUGCACAGUGUGUGUGGUUUACAGUAUGUUGAUGCAAAGGAAACCCACUUUGAAGGAUGUCAAAUUGCUCGUUGAACUGUUGUGCCUUUAGAACAAUUGGAAUCAUGUUCUUCUUUUUCAGUGAAUACCAAUUGCCACUAGAGGUCGCCUCUGUCCCACUUUUAUUUUGAAUGGAAAGAUGAACUAUUGGGAUACUGUGUGCUGCCUGCGAACUCUUGUUAUCAGGUGUAUUUUUUCUACAUGUCUGUUUAAUCAUAUAAAUACUUCUUGCAAGGAUUAAAAUCACAGGUAUUUAUACCUCUUGAUGUUCAGAAUA